UCGAGCGACGGGCAAAAUGAGAGAGAGAAGCAGAUAAAGCACGUCUUUGGCUAUGGCUAUGGCUAUGGUCGAGGGCAGAGAUGGCUUACGAGGUGCGUGUCAUUAGCGCAUUGCUGGCUGGAUGGGCGGAUGGGUCGGCGGCACAGGCCUUCUCAUGUACUGUACUGUACGUCGAGUAGCAUGAUCGAGGGUGUGAAUCCUUUGCGGUACAGUAUUCGAAUCAUGAGUUCAAAGUACGAUCGUCUGAAGCUCUCUGCAUGGCGAGGCGAAUAAUCUCGAUCAAUCAAUCAAUUUUUUGGAGCACUAGUCAAGCAAAGUUGAACCUGAUUCAAUUCAUUUCAAUUCAAUUCAACUCAAUUCAAUGCAUACACCUCCGCUGUUGCUGCUGAAAGUGGAGGAGGAAUUUUCGGUUUUCUACGCGGUAGGAGAUUAAAAAUACAGAGAGAAAAUUGAAGAAAAACCAAAAAGAAGAAGGAUGGAGGGUGAACAAGGUACCGGCACCAUUCAUCUUGCCGCGUUUAAUUAUGUCCAAAGUCCAAGUGUCUGCGGGCUGUUCAUUGUUCAUGGGCUGGUGAGCGAGCGAGCGAGCGAGCGAGCGAGCUCGGUGAUUUCUGAAGUUUCCAAAGCACUAAAGCCAAUUUUGUUGAUAACCCUAAAGCUCGGCUCGCAUGUCACAACAAGAACGUCACAGCAAACUUGCUGGCUUAUGAUUCGAGCGUCGGGCUUUGGUGCAAUGCAAGAGCAGCCGAUAGAUAAAGUCCACCAAGUGAUAAGGCACAACUAAAUCAGUGAGCGACCGCAGCACGUUCUUCCCAUUCUUUUGUUUCUUGCUUCGCAAUGUGUACAAGUAUUCUUCGGGAAGUAAAGCUCGGGUGGUGGGGGGGCUAUUUCCCUUCGAUUCCUGCGAGGUGGAGACUCGGAUAACGAAAUUGAAGCAUUUCCCUUUGACUUCACGGAAUCAAGCAAGGAUCGGAGUGGAUGCAAUCCGGAGGCCGGGCUACCGAUCGAUCGAUCCAUCGAUCCUACGAGCGCUGAGUCAACGUGAGUCGCUGAUGAGUUGGACCGGUCCAUGUGUCCAAGCGAAUACUUGACGGGGCUUCUUUCGUACCCACUCGCGGCGAGGCGAGGCGAUGGGAUGGGCAGGAUGUCGGCAGUGUGCUCGCAUCUUUGCCAAUCAGUGAGACAAAAUCUAGAGAUUACUGGUAAAAUCCUGGCCAGGAUCUUCGAGGCAGAUCAGUGGAGGCUGUAAGCUGUCAAACUCCAGUCAGUACGGUAUCCGCAAGCGGCUUCGGAGCUAGAAAAGGGAAGAAGCUCGGAGUUCUUUUUUUGGUUUAACUUGUAGUGGCAUGGCGGAGAGGAGAGGAGAGGAGAGGUUUAUAGAAAUGAGCUGGAGGCGGGGCUCACAUGGCUGCAGUAACUGGGAGUUCUGGAAAGUAGCGAGAGCAGCUCGGAGGCCACAAGAUGAGAGUGAAUCGAAGGUGUCCACGUUCCGCAGACGAAUGAUCUUUCACCAAUUUGGUGCCGUCUCUGAACAAGACAAAGGUGGAUAUGGCGACGAUGCAGGAGCGCUUUGCACCAAUGAGGUGGAGAGUUGUUCAGCGGGCCUCUGUAUUGUCCUGCAACAACAGCAGCAGCAACAACAGCAAUCUGUUCAAAAGGAUUUUGCAUCAAUGUUCAGCAGGAGCAUUACAACAGAAAAGGUCAAAGUUUAUUCGGCAGCCCUUGUCAUAGAUCGACCUUGGAAUAGACCAGAAAUGGGAUUGUUUUUGUCAGAGCCUCGAGCUUGAUUGAUUGGCUCCUCGGGAUUAGUUAGAAACGAGAACAGAACAGAUCAGUACAGUACAGUACAACUCUCUGCAGUGCAAGAUGUAACUUGUGAUACAAACAUGCAGCAGCGAGUGCAGUGCAUGAACCACCACCUCCUCCACAACCUCCAGAUGGAGUUGAGUACUACUUCAGCCCAGCAUCUCGGCGCAUCUAAUUUCAUUUCAUCUCAUCUCAUCUCAUCUCAUCUCAUCCCAUGCUUUCUUUAUCCGUGUGCA